AUGGAACGACAUAGAGCAACUCCUGAGUUAACAGAUGGAGAAAAUACAGGAGAUCCUCCAGUCCUCAAACCAGAGGCAGAAUGGACAGAGACUGAGAUGACCACCGCAAGCUUCAAUCAUAAAGCGUUAGACACUAUAUUUUCUUUAAUGCAUGAGAGUCAAUUUACCAUUGUUGCAGGGUGUGAUUCGGCUAAAGAAGCUUGGGAUGCCUUAGAAACUACCUAUGAAGGAACCGCAUCGGUUAAACAAUCCAAACUUCAAAUGGUUCAAACCGACUUUGAAGAUCUAAAGAUGAAAGAUGAUGAAACCAUAGUGGAUUUUCAUGCUCGGGUACAAGAACUAGCCAAUAGGGCAAGCAUUCUAGGCGAACCAAUCACUCAAGAAAGACUCGUCAAAAAGAUUCUUCGCUCACUCCCUCCAAGGUUUCGAAUGAAAGUUACAGCCAUUCAGGAGCACGAUGGAUGGGAAAAGAAAGUGGUACAACAAUUGAUGGGAAGCCUACAAACUUAUGAGAUGGAAAUCUUAGGCGGACAUGAAACAAAAGGAAAAACCGUAACAUUCACUGUAGAAGACGCUGGAGCAGUUUCUGAUCCAGAUGAGGUAAAACAAAGACAAACUGGAAAACUUGGCAAGUUUCAAGGUCAAAAAGGAUCAGGAUCGUGUGCUGAAUGUCCAAACUAUUUGAGAAGGAAGAAGUCAAUGAAAGUUGCCCUUACCUGGAGUGAUGAUGAUGAACCAGAAACUGAUCCAGGUUCUGAUCCAGAUGAGAUCUCCGGAAACUUUGUUGCCUUUACAGCUCUUAAAACUAUAGUACCUGCUUCUACAACUGGCAAAGAAUCAGAAAUUGAAGAGUAUGUGUCAUCAGAAGACCAAGAUUUACCUGCACCUUCUUUUGAAGUAGAAUAUAAAAAAUUGUAUGCAAAAUGGGAAAUACUUGUAAAAGUUAAUAGAACUCUGUCUAGUCAGGUUAGCAUUCUAGAAAAUUCCAAAAAGGUGUAUCUAUCUAAAAUAUCAGACAAGGACAGCAUCAUUGAAGACAGUCACAAGAAAGAAGAAAAUCUCAAACAUCAGCUGGAAGAUCUCAAAAAGGAACUGGAGCAACUCAAACGCAAGAUAAAAAUGAUGGACAACACAUCCACCUUAGACCAAAUUUUAGAUUCUGGACGAAAGACAUCUACAAAAUAUGGGUUAGGCUACUCUGGAGGAAAGGACAAAGCUGCUACAAUUUUCGUCAAAGCCUCAGGCCCUGACUCAGUCUCUGGAGCAGAUCAAGAUAUUCCAGAAACUUGUACAGCUCGACGUCAAGUCAAAUUUGCUCCAAGAAAAAAUUCAAUCAAGGUUAGAAUAUAUAAUCCUAUAUGUCAUUACUGCAGGGUACGCGGACAUACAAAACCGGAGUGCUUUUACUUCUACAAAGACCAACGUUUUGAGAAAUACACAAACAAGUCUAUCACUCCUUUUAUCAAGCAAAUUUGGGUGAAGAAAAGUGACUUUGUCUGUCAUGUCUCUUUCCACUCUACGAGUACUAACAGAAAAGAGAGAUGGUACUUUGAUAGUGGAUGCUCGCGGCAUAUGACGGGUGAGGCUAAGUUCCUAAACAAUAUAAAGGGAAGUACAGGAGAAGUAACUUUCGGCGAUGGUGUUAAGGGAAAGAUCACUGGAAUUAGCACUCUAAAUGUCACAGGUCUACCCAAACUCAAAAAAGUUCUCUUGGUGGAAGGUUUGCAUGCAAAUCUGAUUAGUAUCAGCCAAUUAUGUGAUCAGGAGUGGAAAGUCUGCUUUACAAAAGACAGCUGCAACGUCACAGACUGCAAAAAGAACUGUGUCAUGGAAGGUCCAGCAUAA